AUGGAGCAAGAAAGACUUGCUGGGCUGUUCAAUAGAAAUAUAUCUGAGGAUACCAUUUCUAAUGAAGAGGAUAUGCUUGAGGAUUUUGGCUUCAGCCAUCUGUCGUCACUUGCCGAUAGAUCUAAGCUUUUGGGCCUUUAUAAGGGGUUUUGGCUCGGCGAUGUCCCUGUCGAAGACAUUCACAGGUGGCAGGUUGAGGCAACGGCUCUUCAUAUGGCGCAUCCAAAUCCAAUCCAGACGAACUGGUACGACUUCGGCUUUUGCACUUGCAACGACGAGCAAGAGGAACGCGCGCUUGGAGUGCUCUACAGACGAUUACUACUCGGGAAUAAACUUCUUGAUGACCUUCGAGGAAACAUUCAACACAUGUUCUAUGGUCUCGAGCUGCCAACAGCUAUCUCUCCGGAAUUCUAG